CGGUGUAUUAUUAUUUUGUUCCCUUUGCUAACAAAAAAACUCAAGUUUUUUACUGCUGGGUGGCUCUAAGAGAUACGGAGAUUGACGUGUCUACAUACCCAUCCAUCACUAGGCAUACUCAGUUUCUAUAUAUUUUCAAAACUCAAAAGGAAUUACAUACCAAGAUUAUUUUGUUUACACUCUACACAUACACCAUGAGACAUACCACUUUCAAUAUUAUGCUACUGCUUCUUUUUCUUCUCGUUAUAUGCAGAUUUGAGUGUUGUUACUCAAAUGAUAAUUCAGGUUGCCUUGAAGGGGAGCGGAUUUCUCUUCUCCAAUUUAAGAAAAGUCUGGUUGAUAGAUCAAAUCGUCUCUCCUCAUGGACCGGUCUUGAUUGUUGCAAAUGGAAGGGAGUGUCUUGUAGCUCAACAACUGGCCAUGUCCUAAAGCUUGAUUUACAGAACCUGCAAGCAACAUAUGAUGAUAUUGGGAGAUACUGGGACAAUUCAUACUAUUGCAACAAUUGCUUGGAAGGUGAGAUAAAUCAAUCUCUUAUCAACUUAACACAUUUGGAUUAUCUUGAUCUAAGUUUGAACAAUUUUUCUGCAAUCAAAAUUCCUGAAUUCUUGGGAUCCUUCAAAAACUUGAAGUAUCUUAACCUCUCGAGUUCGGGUUUUGUGGGAAGCAUUCCAACUCAUCUUGGAAAUCUUUCAAGUUUAGAGCAUCUCGACAUAGGAAUACAUGAAGUGGAUGGACCUAAUUUUAAUAAUUUGGCUACAAAUAACCUGGAUUGGUUGUUUGGUCUUUCUUCUCUAAGAACUCUUGACAUGUCUGGGAUUUCCAUUGGGCAUAGUGAAAAUUGGCUAAACCCAAUCAACAAGCUCGUGUCUUUAGCUUCUUUAAACUUGGCUUUUUGCAAUCUUGGCACAACCAAUCCUCUUUCACAUGUUAACUCCACUACUGCUCUUGUUUGGCUUAAUCUGUAUGAGAAUUAUUUGGAUUCUACAAUCCUUUUUUGGUUAUCUAAUCUCACCAGCCUAGAGUAUCUCAGUCUAGGUUGAAAUCAUAUUAAUUCUCGUUUGCCAGAUAUGUUUGAGCACUUGGCCUCUUUAAAGGUUGUUGACCUUGCUGAAAAUUCCCUUACUGGCACAAUAACUCCAUUGUGUAAGAUUCACAAUUUGAUUGACAUGGAACUCAGCGGAAAUGAUUUUCAAGGUUUAAUUCCCAAUUGUCUUGGAAACUUGACUUCAUUCAUCUCUCUACAGCUAGCUUACAAUCAGUUUGAAGGUUCAAUUCCAAAUAGCCUAAGUCAUCUUUGUAGAUUACAACUGCUUGAUUUACGUGGCAAUAAAUUGACAGAUUUUACUACAGUUUUAUCUGGCUGCCUCUUAAGUAGUUUGAGAACACUGUGCUUAGAUGGAAACAAUUUUAGUGGUCAACUUCCAAAAGGGCUGUACGAGUAUAGGAAUCUGGAAUACCUUUCACUCUCUUCAAAUUCCUUCUCUGGUACAAUAGCUGAGUCACUUGGAAAUUUAUCAACGUUGCAGUAUUUGCUUAUUCCUGAUAAUAAGUUUAGUGGCAGCGUUCCCUUGAACCUUGGACAACUUUCCAACCUUGAAAGUGUAGAUAUAUCUGGUAAUUCAUUUACAGGUGUUCUCUCAGAAUUUCACUUUUCAAAACUUAAUAAGCUCGUAGUCUUGGACAUAUCUGGAAAUUUAUUUGUUUGGAAUGUAAGCUCUGUUUGGAUUCCUCCUUUUCAACUUCUAACCAUUGAAAUGGAUUCCAUUAUAAUGGGUCCUGAUUUCCCUCAUUGGCUUCGUACCCAAAGGAAUGUUCAGAUUUUAUCCAUGCGUCAUCACAAAUGCUAUCCCUGAUUGGUUUUGGGAUUUCUCUUGGAAUUGCGGAGUGAUAGAGCUCUCUCAAAAUGGUAUAAGUGGAAAUCUUCCCUUGAAACCCCAUGUUGGGGUUGAAAGUUAUAUGAAAGUUGAAUAUCUUUUACUUUCAAAUAAUCAAUUGACGAGUGAAAUCCCCAGGUGGUUAUGCAAUUUAAAAGAUUUAGACCAACUUGAUCUUUCAACAAAUAAGUUAUCUGGGAAGAUACCUUUAUGCUUUGGAAAGCUGCAGAACUUAAUUGUUCUUGAUUUGGGAAAUAACAAUCUAUGUGGCCACAUUCCGAUUUCACUGGGAUCUCUAUAUCAUCUCCAAUCUCUGCACUUGCCAAACAACAAACUGGAAGGGGAAGUCCCUUCAAGUUUGCAGAACUUAAGAAACUUAGGAGUCUUGGAUUUAAGUGAAAAUGAAUUAACAGAUGUUAUCCCUCCAUGGAUUGGGGAAAAGUUAUCAAAUAUGGGAUUUCUUAUACUUCAUGCAAAUCAUUUCUAUGGGGAUAUUCCAUUGCAAUUGUGUCAAUUGCAAAAUCUUCAAUUGUUGAAUUUGGCAAAUAAUAACAUGUCUGGAUAUAUCCCUCAUUGUUUUGACAACCUAACAGGAAUGGUUACUGAAGGCAACUUAGAGUAUGGUUAUACCGGGAUUGGCUCAAUAGGGUAUGGAGAUGAAAUUUUUGAAGAUAUAAAAGGAUUAAAGUUGCAGUAUAAUAAAACCCUUCGAUUUUUGAGGUCCAUGGACCUUUCAUGGAACCACUUAGUUGGAAUGAUCCCAGUGGAGUUAACAAGUUUGCAUGCAUUAAAGAAUUUGAAUCUUUCUAGAAAUCAUCUAAGUGGUGCUAUCCCUGCAAGUAUUGGCAAUUUGAGCAACAUUGAAUCUCUUGAUUUAUCAAGGAAUCUGCUUUCCGGUCGCAUUCCUCCAAGCUUAUCAUCUUUGAACUUUUUGAGUUACUUAAACUUGUCAUUCAACAAUUUGUAUGGAAGAAUACCAUCAGGAAAUCAACUUCAAACCCUCAUUGAGCCAUCCAUUUAUAUUGGCAAUGAAGGAUUGUGUGGCGCCCCACUUCCGAAAAGUUGCGGCCCUACUCCUAAAGCAUCUUCCGUUGAUCAACAUACAGAAACAAGUGGUGAUAACCAUGAGUUUAUAAUGUGGUUUUAUGCUGGUUUGGGGCCUGGUUUCUUUGUUGGAUUCAUUGGAGUGCUAAGCAUUUUACUUUUCAAGAGAUCUUGGCGUUUUGCGUACUUCAAGUUCUUGGAGAUGGCUUACAAUAACAUAUUAUACAAGAAUUUCAUUAGAAGGUGUUGAUGUUAGUACUAGAUUACGAGUGUCUGUUAGUUCAUCGUAUUUGGGCUUCUUGUACGUGGUAUAUCAAUGCCGGUGUUGAUACCUAAUGCAAAUGCAAAGAAGUGAUUAUGAACUCGUCGUAUUUGUUUAAUUUGGUUUUAUCAAGGUUUAGAUUAAGUUGAAAGAGGCACAGACUAUCGCAUCUAUAUGCUAUAGGUGUUGAUCUUAUUUGUUGUUUAUGUGUUUUGGACUACCUUUUAUGGUAAUGUUCUUUGUUUUGUUUUUUUUUUUUUUUUGUAUGUUGCUUCUUAUCUAAUGAAGGUUGUAGUGAUGAGAUUUGAAGUUGAUGUUUGUCUUGAGC